CAAUGAGGAGCAGAGGCUGGGGAGACGCUCCAAAAACGCCGCUGUAAAUAAAUACAACAAUCACUGAGGCCAGAGAAACAUGGAAAACCAGUGCACGGUGCAGGUGAAGCUGGAGUUGGGCCACAGAGCCCAGCUAAGGAAGAAAGUGACAUCGGAAGGCUUCACCCACGACUGGAUGGUGUUUGUCCGAGGGCCAGAGACCGGCGACAUCCAGCACUUUGUAGAGAAGGUUGUCUUCCGCCUGCACGAGAGCUUCCCCAAACCCAAGAGAGUAUGCAAGGAGCCUCCGUACAAAGUGGAGGAGUCGGGCUACGCAGGCUUCCUCAUGCCUAUUGAGGUUUACUUCAAGAACAAGGAGGAGCCAAAAAAAGUGUGUUUCAACUACGACUUAUUCCUCAACUUGGAGGGCAACCCACCAGUCAACCACCUGCGCUGUGAGAAGCUCACCUUCAACAACCCCACCAAAGAAUUCAGGAGAAAGCUGAUCAAAGCUGGAGGGGUAUUGGUGGUUCCAGAGGGGGCUGAAGCCGUGUCGAGGCCCAGUCCGGACUACCCCAUGCUCCCCACCAUCCCCCUCUCUGCCUUCUCAGACCCCAAGAAGACUAAGACCUCUCAUGUGUCAAAGGAACCCAGCAAAGAGGGGAGUGGUGGCAGCAGCAAAGGACCCAAACCGCACAAAUUGACCAAGGAGCACCGGGAACGGCCCCGAAAAGACUCUGAGAGCAAAGCCACGUCGAAAGGAGACAACGAAAGAGACGGAAGCAGCAAGAGCAGCCGCGAUCCUUCCUCAUCCUCGUCUUCAAAAAAGCCGUCUGAGAUCAAAGUGAAAGAUGAAGUUAAGGUCAUACCCAAGGCCGCCUUCAAGGAGCCUAAACUCACCCUGAAGGAGACAAAGAUGGAGGGCAUGUCCCCUAAAGGAGGAGGAGGCGGCGGGGGGCCUGCAGAAUCUAAAGUCCCAGGGAAACGACCCUCCACCGUCGAGUCUCCCAAACCAAGCGCUAAGAAGCAGAAGAAGGGCAGCUCGGAGGCGCCGAAGGUACCGAGCGGCGGGGCCUUUACAGGAACUUCUCCUCGUGUCUCGUCCUCGUCCGCAGCCAGCCAACCGUACGCAGAGAAGAAACCUCCCAAGGAAAAAGGUCGCUGGGCCAAAGGCAAAAAUGACACACAAGAGCCAAAGGAGCCCAAGAAACUUCCAGAGUCGGAAGAAUCGAAUUCAGAGGACGAAGCAUCAUCCAAGUCAGAGCAGUCGGCCCCUUCCAGUCCUUCCAACUCCAGUUCUAGCUCUGACUCCAGUUCAGAUUCAGACUUUGAGCCGGGUCAGAAACAGGGGCAAGGCCCCCUUCGAUCGAUGGUGGAGGAGAUCCAGUCAGAAGAGUCAGAUGAUGACGACAGCAGCUCGGAGGAGGAGACGCCCGUCAAGACAAACCCCCCCAACCGCGACUCUCGACUCAGCCUGGACAGCGAGAGUGACAGCAGUGACGGCUCGCACAGCCCCAGUCGAGACCCCGCCCCGCCUCCGCAGAAACACAGCUCAUCCAAUAACAAAGUUUCAGGCAGAAAGAGUCCAGAUUCCUCGUUUCGCUCAGAAAAGGUGUUGAAGAAGGGAUACGACAAGGCCUACACGGAAGAACUGGUGGACCUCCAUCGCAGACUGAUGGCUUUAAGGGAGCGUAACGUCCUACAGCAGAUUGUGAACCUGAUCGAGGAGACGGGCCACUUCAACGUGACCAACACCACCUUUGACUUUGACCUCUUUUCACUGGACGAGUCAACCGUCCGCAAACUACAGAGCUACCUGGAGGCGACAGCCACGUGACAGGAAGUGGACACCGGCGUGGGGAGACCGGCCUGUGGAUGGCGGCGGCGGAGGUAGACUCGCCACCACGUCCCCCUUUUUUAAGUUAGGGGACGAGAAGCCACAUCAUGUCGCAGCUGUUUUCACAGGCCUGACUGAACCAUUGAACAACUACCACACAAACAGAAUCACACGAACAAACACAAGCACACAUGAAGACACACCACCUUCACGUGACACCGGGGAGGAAACUGAAGGAAGUGGUGGAGGAGGUGUGGAAGGGAGGAGGAGGAGGGGCGUGGCUGAACUCAGUCUACAGUCAGGAUUUUCACUACACAUGUCUUUUUUUGAGUCUGUGCAGAGCUGUGGUAUGCACCCCACACCCCCUCCUUCCCCCUCCUGCACUCCCCCUUUGCGAACCCAAUAAUUCCCAUCCUCCUCUUCCUCCCCCCUUCACACGAACACUCCUUACUCGGCAGAACACUUCAGUCCCCUUCCCCCUGUUGUCAGCUGGAGCUCAUUUCUCUCCCGACAUACUCUUUGAUUCGUGUGUGUGUGUGUGUGUAUGUGUAUGUGUGUGUGUGUGUGUGUGUGUGUGUGUGUGUGUGUGUAUACAUGCGAGCGCUGCUGAGGUUUAAGAGAUGUUAUCUUUGUGGGUACCGACUUCUCUUUGUGCGUGAAGCUCGAGUACAGCUGGAUUCCCUCCUUCACACACACAACAAAUAAAUACUGAUUCAGGUAAUAAUUUACUUUAUCCCCCCUAUUUAUAAGCAGUAUUUAAACAUUGAUACAUGAUUUAUAUAACACACUAUAAUGUAGUUGUAAGCAAAUGUAAGUAAGUAUAUUAGCAACUUCCUCUUACGUUGAGGUUGGUUAAUGAACUGAUAAUGAAAGACAAUUUAAUUAUGUUUUACAUUAAUAAACACUUAAGAUGUCCUUUUAUGUGCCUAUAACCACAUUACAGUGUGUUAUAACCACUUUUAAGCAUUUACAGUGCUUAUGAAUGCUAAA